GAUUCAUCCAUAUUUUUCAGACAUUACACUUUUACACGAUUUGGUCCGACAAAAACUCAAAUGGCCCGCACUAUCGCUACUAGAAGCCCAAAACACGAAAUCCAACGCCAUGCAAUUUGUUCUCUCCAGAGCCAUCUGCUUCGUCCACCCAAAAUCCCCCUUCUUAUUAAUGGCCACUUCCACCUCUGUCAGCUCCGUUAGCUCCAUUGCCAUCCCUCGUAAGGCCCGCCUGAGGGGUGUCGUCUUCGAUAUGGACGGAACCCUAACGGUCCCCGUCAUCGAUUUUCCGGCAAUGUACAGGUCCGUCCUCGGCGAAGAUGAGUACCUCUCCGUUAAAGCCAAGAACCCUACUGGAAUCGAUAUACUGCACCAAAUUGAGAAUUGGAGCCCCGAGAAGCAGCGCAAGGCCUAUGAAACCAUCGCUGAUUUUGAGCGCCAGGGCCUCGAUCGGCUCCAGAUUAUGCCAGGUGCUGCAGAACUUUAUAAUUUUCUUGAAUCAAAGAAAAUGAGAAGGGGAUUAAUUACUCGCAAUGUUAAAGCAGCAGUUGAUUUGUUUCAUCAACGAUUUGGGAUGGCAUUUUCUCCGGCGCUAAGCAGAGAAUUUCGUCCCUAUAAACCAGACCCAGCUCCACUACUACAUAUCUGUUCUACUUGGGAAGUUCAACCCUAUGAAGUAAUAAUGGUUGGUGAUAGCCUUAAAGAUGAUGUGGGUUGUGGUAAACAAGCAGGAUCAUUUACAUGCUUGCUUGAUGAAACAGGGAAGUACAGUUCUGAUGAUAUGGCCAGUGCAGAACUAAAACCCAAUUUCAAGGUAUCUUCCCUUACCCAACUUCAAUCACUAUUGGAAGCAAAUUUUGACCUGAUACCAUGAUCCUCAAAUCCUUGUAUAAUAUCAUAUUGGCGCUUAGUGGGACCAUGCUGAGGUUAUGCUUCAUCCAAAUAUAAUGCUGGUUUAAGUUUCUACAAGUACUAGGAUAAGUUUCCCAUGAACUAUAUUAAUCAGUCUUUUAAGCAGAAGAAAACAGUUGGUUCCUGGAAUGGCCAAGCAUCAUGGGAACUUGGUUUUCCGAGGGAAAGAGAUACUUGUGGAGACAAUGGUCAACACACAUAUUGGCUUUGGUAUUGUAGAAUAGGUUGGUUCAGCUGCUCGUAUCACGUUGAUGUGGUUGCUUAAGAUCGUUAUUGUACUUACAGAGAUGCCUCUUAGUCCGAUUCAACCCCUUUUGGGACGGUUCCAUUUAAUGCACAAAACUUAUUAUUAUUUCUGUAGCCCAUUACAAAAGACAAAUAGUAAAUGCAGUUAGUGGUAGGCAGGCUUCAAAAAAUCAAUGAUGGUAGCCGAAAUUUCAAG